CUAACGUUUAAUGUUUUUUGGAGCAUUUCUUGUACAUCGACGAGUGUCUAUUUAUCAGUGCAAUAUACAAUGUCACAUUUUGCGUGGAUGGAUGUACACAAUUUCAUGAUUCUGGAAUUAAAUCUGGUAUCUUAUUGUUUGUUAGAUUAUUUCUAUUACGUUCGUUUGGAUUGUUUGACAUAGUUAUACUAGUGUUUGGCCGUUUGGGUAAUUUUGGGUUGUGUGAUUGGUCACAUCUAUAUGAAGUGAAGUGUUUUAAAAAUUUAACACUUAUGCUUAUAACUUACAUGUUUUGAGAGACAAAAAAAUAUAAUGAAACUAUGCUUUGGGUAUCAAUCAAGCAAUAAACCAAAAAAUAUCGACUAAAUCCACAACUUUUUACAUGAAAGUUGUAAACUUUUAGUUGAUUUCAUACAAAAAAUGUGUUUUAAUUUGAAAAGAACGAUGGGAUUGCAAGAAUUAGAGUCGAUAAGAAGGCGCCAAUUCUGGUUUUCCUAGUCCACUCAAUUUCAUACUUACAAUCUUCUUCCCCCAUUCAUAUCAUACGCAAAGAUUCACAGACAUUCGCACUCAAACAAUAUGCAAUCUCACCCACACACUUUCAGCUGUUCUACUUCUCAUCUCACCAAACAUUACCUCAACAAUGGCGCUCCUCUCAAAACCCUAGUUUCUCUCAGGAAACCCCUUUCUGGUACCGGAGCUAUUAUCCGACGGUUUCCUUCGGGUUUGAAGCAAAUCAAUCGACGAGGUGCCAUAAACUCAGCUACCGAACCACAGAAUUCAAGCAACAAUGCAGAAAAAACAAGAAAAGUUGUAGAACACAUAUGUUUACUAAAAGCAAAGGUGGAUUUAUCUGAUAAAGACGAAAAGGACAUGCUUGAUUUUCUCUAUACUUGUCAAUACCAAAUGCGUGGCAUUCUUGCAAUUUCAUUAGGGCGUAUCUCUAAUCAAAAUCUUGAAAAUUAUACACAUGCUGUGUUCAUGCGAUUUCAAAAGAGGGAAGAUCUUGUAAAGUUCUAUGAUAAUCCAUUCUACUUGGGAGUAUUAAAGGAUCAUGUAACACCUUUCUGUCAUGAAUUGACUUAUGUUGAUUAUGAAUCUCAAGUAGAAGAUGAUAUUCUUCCCAUCUUUCGAAAAGGAGAGGAAUUUAACUUUGGUGUGGAGUUCAUACUUCUUAUUGGAUUUAAAGAUAGGUUAUUAAUGGAAGCUGCAAAUGAUGCAUUAACAUCUUUUGAAAAACUACUGAUGGAAUUUCCUUCAUUGAUUGUUCAAGCCACAAGAGGGUUGAAUUUUAAUCAUGGAAGUAAAGACUACACUCAUGCUGUAGUGAUACGGUUUCGAUCAUCUGAUGCAUUUGACAUUUUCAUGGGGAGUUCAGAAUAUAGAGAUAUUUGGACAAGCUUCACUGAUACUAGAAUUACUUAAGAAAGCAUUCCUGUUCAUGGGUGUUCUGCUUUUCAAGAAAAAAAAAAAAGUUAUUUUCUGCAGAUGUUAUCUUUUGUGAUAAUACAUAUAUUUAUAUUUGGAAAAAUGUAUUAAUUUAUUACUCUUUCCAAAAAGACAGUAAUUUAGAAAACCUGUCUGACAGUUUGAUAUUUCUACCUGGUAACCCGUAAAGUUGUUCCAUACAUUUACAUUUUUCAUUUUGUGUUGACUUUAGUGUACAUUUUUUCGAUUUUUUUAAUAUAUUUUGUAUGUUAUUACUUAAAUGACAUCAGUAAAUGGCUUUCUUCUUUGUAUUAUUUAUUUUUAAUUGUUGUAACGAUUUUUAGUUUGUUCAAAGUUAUAUUUUCAAUAGUUUCUUGUAAGUGUAGUGAUUAUAGAUGCCAAAAUCGUUACAACACAUCAAAAUAAGCACCAAAAUUUCG